GUAAGACUAGGCUUCCCUUGCUGGACACUAUUUCAGUGUUUGUCCUCCAUAGUCAUCAUCCCGUUCAUCUCACCAUAAAGACAAAUCCUCUUUUCUGUCUCUCUCCCUUUCUUUUUAAGGGGAAAAAGAAAAUCUGCGAAUACCUUUUCAUUCUCUUCCACGUCUUGCAUUUUACUCUCAGUUAUCCAUGGAAGACCUAAUUAUAUCUCCCUCUUCGUCUUCUUCACUGAUCUCUCUAUCGCAAGACAAUAGUCAACUGUGUCUCCAACAGAGGCUUCAAUUCUUGCUGCAAGGCCAAUCAGACCGUUGGUCCUAUGCUAUUUUCUGGCAAACAUCAAACGAUGAUAAUGGCAGAAUCUUCCUUGCGUGGGGAGAUGGUCAUUUCCAGAGCAGCAGACAGACACCUCCAAAACUAACCACUAUCAACAAUCGCAUUCCAGCUAUAAACUCUGGUGAGAGAAAAAUCGCCAUGAAAGGAAUCCAUGCUCUCUUCGGCAAUAACAAUGACAUCGAUUGUUCCAUGAUGGAUGAUACCAACGCUGAAUGGUUUUAUGUUAUGUCUCUCACUCGAUCUUUCUCUGCUGGAGAAGGUAUACCUGGUAAAGUUCUUAGUACUGGUUCUUUGGUUUGGUUAACCGGUGCUCAAGAACUCAGAUAUUACAACUGUGAAAGAGCUAAAGAGGCACAAAUGCAUGGCCUUGAAACUCUGGUUUGCAUUCCUACGUAUAAUGGGGUUCUUGAAUUGGGCUCUUGUGAUGUCAUUAGAGAAAACUGGGGUCUCGUCCAAGAAGCAAAAUCUCUUUUUGGGUCAGAUCUUGUUGAUCUGAUGCCUAAAAAUCCCAAUACAAACUCAGCAUCUAUUCAGUUACUCGACAUGAACAUUUCUUUUGCUGAUAUAGGCUUAAUUGCUGGAGCACAAGACCAAGAAGCAAGUCUUGAACAAAAAGCACAACAAACUAAUUAUGAAGCAAAGAAAGAUAUUGAUAAACCAGGCCAGUGUUAUAUAGACUCUGAGCAUUCUGACUCAGACUGUCCAUUAGUUGCUCCAACGGUAGAGAAAAGAACUCCGAAGAAAAGAGGGAGAAAACCGAGUCUUGGCCGGGAGACGCCUCUCAACCAUGUAGAGGCGGAGAGGCAGCGGCGCGAGAAGCUAAACCACAGGUUCUACGCCUUGCGAGCGGUUGUCCCAAACGUAUCCAGAAUGGAUAAAGCGUCACUGCUAUCAGAUGCUGUUUGCUAUAUAAAUGAAUUAAAGGCUAAGAUUGAUGAAUUGGACUCACAGCUACAAAGAGAUCAGUCCAAAAGGGUUAAAUUAGAAGUGACUGACAAUACAGAUAAUCAAAGCACAAUCACUUCUGUAGAUCAAGCAAGGCCUAGUCCUAUUUCUGGUUUUACGCUUGAUAUUGAGGUUAAGAUAUUAGGUGAUGACGCGAUGAUCAGGGUUCAAUCUGAGAACGUUAAUUACCCAGCUGCUAAGUUGUUGACUGCAUUACGCGACCUUGAAUUUCAAGUGCACCAUGCGAGCAUGUCCACUGUCAAUGAACUCAUGCUUCAAGAUGUGGUGGUUAGGGUUCCUGAUGGAUUCAGAACUGAAGAAGGAAUGAAAAAUGCACUUCUUAGAAGGCUAGAACAAUAAGUUGUUAAUUAAUGCUUAAUAAUAUGUUGGAUAGUUUGUUUAAUUUUGUUUCUUCUUCCACAGUCUUUCUUUUUUCCCCUUUUAACUUGUUCAAUUUCCACUCAGAAUUAUUGUAUAUUAGUAGAAUAUUGUUGUACAUUUAAUUUAGUAUGUCCUAUAGAUAAGUGUUUUGUGAUAGAAAGAAAAAUGCUGAAAACUGAAGGAAUAUAAAUUAACUUUGUUUUCUGAUGUUCCCA